CUUCUCCAAACGAUCAUCGUUUGGAUGUAUGAUUUAAAUGAUGUUAUAAAAUAUUCUAGUAACAUAUGACACACAUUAUUCCCAAUAUUUAGAACGGUAGCCCUGAAAAUUUCCGAUAGUUCAAAAAAUUUCUUAUUCAAAUCUUUGGUUGACUCAUUUUAAGAAUGUGACAUUUGACAGUCAAGAAAAAUGUCUGUAUCAAUAUAAUGACGUUUGAAUGUAUAUAUCGUAAACCAUCCAAAUUGUAACAAUUGAACAAAUAGACUAAUUUUCUGCAAAACUUUGAAGGGUAACUGUUGUUUUUUAUAUCAUAUUUGAGAAGAUCAUGAAAAAAAACUUCCGAUAUGAAUAUAUGACUUAUUUGUAUUUUUUCAGAAAAUUGGUUUAUUUUAAGACUAUGUUACAAUUUGGAUGGUUUACGAUAGAAUAAAAAAAAUUUAGAAAAACGACGUAUACUUACUAAAUUUAACACGUUAAUUUUUACGCAAAAUACAUUUUUAGUUACAAAAUCUCAUUAUAUAAAUGUCCUCGUUUUUUAUCGUUUUCCCGAAGAUUUGUCCGCGUUUUUGCUCAGAAGCAUCUAACCACCUUACUUAUAGUCAUCUAAAGUUUUUCCAAGUUGUUGUUAUGAGACCCACUCUCAGAGUCUCUAUCAGCUAUCACACACUCACAUGGAUAAAGGUUCGAAAAAGAAAUUUCAGGCAAUCAUUGAGUUUUAAUCAUGUAUUUUUUGCGCAAUAGGACAGUUAGAGAAGAAAUGUUUCAUUUAUCACUAAAAUUUCUCAAAAAUUUUGUUAUUAUCAAUUCGAUGAGACGCUUUUAAAACAUGUUAAAGUUAUCUAUGGGGUAAUGUAAUAACAUUCGAUCACCCUACUUCAUUUUGAGCGAUUUUCUUUCACAAGCCAAAUGUGAGUCGAAAGUUUUGGUUGUUGACUGAAUAGUAUAUAAAUCUGGAUACUAUACAAUACAUGCAUGCAACAAACAAAUCAAUUAUUUUGGCCAUUCUGUCACCGGAAGAGAGAUGGAAUACGUGGUUGCCCUGUAUCGAUGGUGAAGGAUACUAAAACAUUUAUCAUUGUUCUUAUGGUAUGUGUGUGUCCAUGUUUGUUUUUAAAACACAGGUACAUCGAACAUCGAGGUGCUAUAGAUAAUAUAUUUCAAAUCAAAAACUAUAGAUGGCCGUUAGAUUUGUGUCAAAAAAUCACGUCAAACCAAGUAUUUUCUGCAAACCAAGAAAAUCUCAAAGUAUAUCCACUACAACAAAAUAUAAUCUUAAACGAAGGAAAAACCAAACUUGAAUCAAACAAAAUAUUGGAAAAAAAAAUGUUUGGUGUGUUUUGUGUGAAAUAUUCUUUGUACAUUUUCAACGUGUUGUUUGCUGUAAGACUUUAUACAUUCUGAAUUUUUUGCAUACCAUCUGCGUAUAUGAUUCCAAUGUAUAAUUUUCCUUCAUAGAUGACGGGCAUUGCAUUGGCCACAAUUGGUGGAAUUAUUUACCAUGGAUUGAUUAAUUAUACGAAGUUCAUUCCGGAGGAGGUAUCGGGAUUGACAAUUAUUCUGAUAGUACUUGGCGUUAUCGUUUUCGUAAUUUCAUUUCUGGGAUGUUAUGGGGCCAUAAGCGAAAAUGCAUGUAUGCUAUUGAUUUAUUCAAUUUUGGUUGUUAUGUGUGUAAUGUUCGAAUUGGGAACCAUAAUCGCGGCCAGUGAGAAUAGAGAUAGGCUUAAUCGUUUUGUUUCUACGAGUAUGAAUAAAACUCUCCACGAAAGCAACACAUCUGAGCCAUCCAAAUUGGCAUGGGAUUUUAUCCAAGAUAAAUUCAAAUGUUGUGGCAGAAAUGGCCCACAAGACUGGAUAAACGUAACUAAUGUUUUACCAGAUUCAUGCUGUGAAAAUCUAAAAGAAGGACUCGAAUGCACCGAGAAAGUUGCAUUCAAACAUGGUUGCAAACAUUUACUGAUCAAUUUCUUAGAGGAACAUUUUUUAAUAUUUAUUCUUGUGGGCGUUGCCGUCAGUUUCUUCCAAUUAACAUGUACUCUGCUCACUUGUUGCUUGUAUUCCGAAUUCCAGCAUCGUUAACGUUGCCAGAGCAAGACGGGAAGAAUGCUUAUGAAUAUCUAGAAGGUAGUAGAUGACUGGUCCAAUCAGUUAAAGUCCAAUCCAUUGGCAAGGAAAGCUGGUCCAAUCCAUUUUAUUUCAAUAUUGUUCGUGUCAUUAUUCCAAUGUUUAUAGUUUGAUCAAAAAAAAAAAAAAAUCACAACAAUAAAUUCACUCAUUUACGAAAUAAA